AUGUCAACUAUUGUCGAACAGAGUAACCCCCCUGCUACCCCGCGGUAUAUCCUUCGGGGUCACGCAUCUGCUAUCCACGCUCUUCAUUUCUUUGCCGGCAAUACUCGCCUCAUCUCAGCGGACGCUGAGGGGUGGAUCGUAGUUUGGGAUGUAACCACCAAACGCCCGCGGGCGGUAUGGAAAGCCCACGAGGGAGCGGUCUUGGAGGUCAAGGGAUAUAUGUGUUCAGGGCAGGGAAUGGAAAUAUUUACUCACGGUAGAGAUCAUAAGCUUCGGGUGUGGCGAAUCAAAUCCUCAGCGGACGAGUUGUUACUCAAUCGUAUUUUGCCAGUCGAAAGGAACCAAGUUAACGAUUCUUCACGCCGAGAAGUGUUGCCUGCAGAGCCCUGGCUUGUGCAUUCGCUGCCAGUUAACGCACUUAACUUCUGCGCUUUCUCCCUUUGCUAUUUUCGGGAGGCGGUAGCUGCACGAGCACCUGAGGUUGACCCAGGCGAUUCCUCGCGUAGUGAAAGUGUUGAAAAUGCUCUAUCUGUGUAUUUUGCCGUCCCAAAUGCACUUAACUCUGGCGCUAUUGAUAUUUUCCAUCUUCCUUCGGAGAAACGUGUAUCCACUAUCGCGGCAGACACUUCAAUUCAAACAGGUAUGGUAAUGGCUGUCAAUAUAUUGCUUACUACUCAAAACCAGCUUUACGUGCUAUCGGGCUACGAAGAUGGCCAAGUCAUGGUUCACAUCCGAAGGUCUAUCACGGAUAUGUCCACAUUGUGGAAAUGGGAAAGGAUUUAUGUGUCUCGACCUCACAGUCAGCCAGUUCUAUCAUUGGACAGUGUAAAUUUUGCAGCCGACAAGUCGUUUUUCUUGACCUCCUCCGCCGAUUCCCUUAUUGUGAAGCAUCCCAUUUCUUCCGUCGACUCCUUAGGCCCAACAGCAGCGGUGGUGGAGACAACUCCAUUAAAAGUUCUCAACACCAAACAUUCCGGACAACAGGGACUUCGCGUACGAGAAGAUCAAAAGAUUUUUGCAACUGCUGGCUGGGAUUCUCGCAUACGUGUUUAUUCAUGCAAGACUAUGAAAGAGCUCGCCGUGUUAAAGUGGCAUAAGGAAGGAUGUUAUGCUGUUGCUUUUGCUGAAGUACUGUCCUCUCUGUCCAAUUUCUACGCAUCAAACGAAUCGAACACAGCGCAUAAUGCUAGCGCGGAUACCCAGGUUGCUCUCUCAAAUGAGUCUCCUCUUCAGAUUAUACAAAGCCAGAGAAGUCAAAAAGCACAACAGAUGCAUUGGCUAGCAGCGGGCUCCAAAGACGGGAAAAUCUCGUUAUGGGAUAUCUACUGA